AUGCUGUGCUACUUGAAGUAUGCCGCUGCAGGCUUGGCCGCUGCGACUCUGGUCUCAGGUCAAACGUACACUGACUGCAAUCCAAUGAAAAAAACUUGCCCGGCCAAUCCUGGCACAACCGAGUCCAGACACACUUUCGACUUCACCCAGAGCUCGGGUCUAGAUAAGUGGACUACUACUGCCGGCAACGUCAAGACGGGCCCAAACGGCGCCGAGUUCACAGUCAACAAGCAGGGUGAGGCACCCACCAUCCAGACAGACUUCUACAUCUUCUUCGGUGAAGUCUCCGUCACCAUGAAAGCAGCCCCAGGCACUGGCAUCGUCAGCAGCAUCGUGCUGGAGUCGGAUGAUCUCGACGAGAUCGACUGGGAAGCCGUUGGCAGCGACACGACCGAAAUCGAAUCAAACUACUUCGGAAAGGGAGAUACCACGACCUACGACCGCGCAAUCUGGCACCCUACCUCGGCACCCCAGGAGACAUUCCACACCUACAAAGUCGUCUGGACCAAAGAAGCCACCACCUGGUCCGUUGACGGAAAAGUCCUCCGCACUCUAUCCUUCAACGACGCCAAAUCCGGAUCCAGAUACCCCCAGACCCCCAUGAACGUGCGUCUUGGGAUCUGGGCCGGCGGCGACCCAUCCAAUGCGAAGGGUACGAUCGAAUGGGCCGGUGGCGAGACAGAUUACAGCAAAGUUCCUUUCACCAUGUAUAUCAAGGACGUCACUAUCGUCAACUACAACCCGGCCGAGUCUUAUACCUGGUCUGACCGGACUGGUUCUUAUGAGAGUAUCAAGUUCACCGGUUCUGUUAACUCGACUUCUUCGACUAACUCCACUGCCUCGACGACUUCGAAGACGACUUCGCCUACGACUUCGGGACGCCUUAUCUCUGCUGCCAUGCCGUCGGGCUCUACCUCUGCCUCUGGCUCGGUUUCUUCUAGUUCUAGCUCCCCCUCCGCGUCGCCGGCUUUUAACGCUGCUUCGAACUUGGGCGCUGGUAGCUUGGGUUUCUUGUCUGCCCUUGCGGCUUUCUCCGGGUUUCUUUUCCUGUAG